AGUUCUCUAUAACCACCAAGUUCCCCCUCCAUUAUGUUUCCCGCUUAAUUUCCAAAACCCCAGAAAAUGUACUUGCCGGAGGUAACAGCCGACGAUGAAAUAUACAGAGACAUGGUCACCUUCCUCACCACCAACCACUCCGACCAACUCCGCUCCCUCAUUCUUUCUCCUGAUUCUCGCCUUCACUUCCCUAUUUUCAUCGAUUUUGCAGAGCUUAUGAACGAUCAUCUACAAGUUGCUCAGCUCAUCUUCUCCAAACCCACGGAUUACUUGCCCAAAUUUGAUUUUGCAGCUAUUUCUGCUCAGAGGUUGAUUUUGAAGGAUUCUCCAGGCGGGUCAUCUUCCACCAUUAAGGAAAAUGUUCAUGUUCGCAUUAGUAUACUGGGCUCUCCCCUUGAAUCUCCAGAGACUUAUCCUAGGAUUGGAAAGGUGAGGGUGAAGCAUAGUAACAUUCUUCUAACCCUCAAAGGGACUGUAAUACGAUCAGGUGCAAUUAAGACAAUUGAAGGUGAAAGGAGGUACGAAUGUAGGAAAUGUAAGUCAGUUUUUCCAGUUUAUCCUGAGCUAGAAACCGGGAACAUUAUAAAACCACCAUUGGCUUGCCUCUCAGACAAAUCUCAGGAGUGUGAAGGCAAUAAGUUUGUACCUGUAGAAAACAGCACUAAAUUCCAUGAUUACCAAGAAAUCAAGAUCCAAGAAAGCGCCCAACUGUUGGGUGUUGGAUCCAUACCGCGUUCUAUCCGUGUCAUCUUGCAGAAUGACCUAGUUGACAUUGUUAAGGCAGGAGAUGAUGUGAUUAUUACUGGUGUUUUGACUGCAAAAUGGUCUUCAGAUUUGAAAGAUGUCAGAUGUGAUCUUGAGCCUGUUUUGGUUGCCAAUCAUGUGAGACUAACCAAUAAGCUAAAAUCCGAGCUAGACAUACCUGAUGAAACUAUUAUCAAAUUCAAGAAAUUCUGGGAAAAAUUCAGCAGUACCCCACUGAAAGGGAGGAAUGCAGUUCUCAAAGCUAUAUGUCCCCAGGUUUUUGGUCUCUUCACUGUGAAGUUGGCAGUUGCUUUAACCCUUAUUGGUGGUGUGCAGCAUGUUGAUGCUUCAGGGACAAAGGUAAGAGGAGAAUCCCACUUGCUUCUUGUGGGUGAUCCCGGUACAGGAAAAUCCCAGUUUCUGAAAUUUGCUGCUAAAUUGAGUAACAGAGCUGUUAUGACAACUGGACUAGGAAGCACAAGUGCUGGGUUGACUGUCACUGCCGUGAAAGAUUCUGGUGAGUGGAUGCUCGAAGCUGGUGCACUUGUAUUAGCUGAUGGCGGUCUUUGCUGCAUCGAUGAAUUUGACAGCAUGAGGCAACAUGACAGAGCUACCAUACAUGAAGCUAUGGAACAGCAAACAAUUAGCAUUGCAAAAGCUGGUCUUGUGACAACUGUUAGUACAAGAACCAUUGUUUUUGGUGCCACAAAUCCAAAGGGACAGUAUGAUCCCAGCCAACCUUUAUCUGUCAAUACUACACUUUCGGGUCCUUUACUGAGCAGAUUCGAUAUAGUUCUGGUUCUAUUGGACACGAAAAACCCCGAGUGGGAUAAAGUUGUUUCAUCCCAUAUUCUUGCUGAGGAGGAACCAGUUAGAGUAAAAGAUGAUGAAGAUUUAACAAACUGUUGGUCACUUUCUAUGAUACGGAGGUAUAUUAGUUUUGUUAAAGGGUACUUUAAGCCAACACUUACAAAAGAAGCUGAGAGAGUAAUUUCGAGUUAUUACCAACUGCAAAGAAGAUCAGGAACAGAAAAUGCUGCAAGAAUAACUGUGAGAAUGUUAGAAAGUCUAAUUCGGCUAGCACAGGCUCAUGCAAGACUGAUGUUCAGGAAUGAGGUGACUCAGUUGGAUGCCAUUACUGCUAUCUUAUGUAUAGAAUCUUCCAUGACUACUUCAGCAAUAGUGGAUAGUGUUGGGAAUGCUUUACAUUCGAAUUUCACAGAAAACCCGGAUACUGAAUAUGCCAAGCAGGAAAAGUUUAUACUUGAAAAACUUAAUUUGGUUGAUGAAUUUCCUGGUGUGAGGAGAUUGAGUGGAUGAAUAUUCGUUUCACAUGCAUCAUGCAGGAUUUUUUCCUGCUAUUAUUUGUCAAGAAAAUCAUCAGUGCAUUGUUUGGGUUACCACUUACCACCUCCAUACUUUACCCUGUUGAUUUCCUGUUCGAUAUUUGCUAUUAAGCGGCCUGAUGUUGAACUUCAUUUCUAUUCUUUUUUCUACACCGUAUGCCAAAAUUUUGAUUGUAUGCACAACGAAAGCUUCAUUAGGCAACUAUGCAUCAGGUGGCAUUUGUGCGCAGGCAUAUGCAAUUUUGUGUUUCAAGCUCAAACAGCUAAUAUUCUGAAAGUUGAGGUCUUUCAGUUGUU